AUCGACAAAGAAGCUUGCCGGAGGGCCUACAACCUGGUGAGGGACGACAGCACGGGGGUGAACUGGGUGACAUUUAAGUACGAUGGCUCCACCAUCAUCCCGGGACAUAAUGGGGUUGAUUACGAAGAGUUUAUACGGCAGUGCACAGAUGACAUUCGGUUGUUUGGCUUCAUCCGAUUCACCACUGGAGAUACCAUGAGCAAGCGAGUCAAGUUUGCACUGAUCACAUGGAUAGGGGAGAAUGUCAGUGGCCUUCAGAGAGCUAAAACAGGGACUGAUAAGACGCUUGUGAAAGAAGUUGUACAGAAUUUUGCCAAAGAGUUUGUGAUUAGUGACCACAAGGAACUGGAUGAAGAUUACAUCAGGAGUGAGUUGAAGAAAGCUGGGGGUGCAAAUUAUGAUGCUCAGGCGGAGUAAACAAGAAAAGGGAUAUCCUGUACCUCCUGCAGCCACCUGUCUACAUCUGCAAGGAAAGGAAGGGGAAAGCACAAUUUAUCUUUGAAAGCAAAACUGGGAGAUGAGUUGAGGCAAGUGUGAGAACGAAGCUGCUUCAUUUUAGGCAUCUCCGAAGUCUGUUCCUGUCUCCUAAAGUGGACCUUGAUUUUUCAUUCCAUCCACCAAACCAGCUCCUUCUGAUGUGAUCUUUCCAUCUGACUUCUUCUUUUAACUGCUGUCUUUCUAAUUUAACACGUAUUACGUAGGUACUUGGCUCCAUGGAAAUUGGUCACAAGUCUGUUGGCUGUAGAGCCUGUUGAGUGGUUCUUGAGAACUUUAGAUCUUUGUUUGAUCCUUGGUCAAUCUGGAAAGCUCCAAGGAUGAAAAAUGCUUUUUGACCGAAUCCAUUUUGAUUGCUGACUCCCCUAACCAGCCAACCAAGGGCUCCCAACGUGCAGAAUGAGUUACGCAGCCCACGAAUUGCAUGCUUUCUCAAAAGUAAUCUCUCCUGUGUUGGAUGAAUUUGCAAUCUUCUCCACUGGACAGGAGGAUUUACUUCUAGGCUUAAAAAAGCACAGAAUCGCACUGUUUCCCCCAAAUAAGAAUAGCAAGGGGGCAGUGAGCGGAGACCCACACAAGGCGAAACGCAGAUCUCUGAAGUUACCACUGGGUUGUAAUUGUUAAUGGGAUAGAAGAGAGAAAAUUAAACACAGGGGGAAUUGUGAGGCGGGUGGCAUUUGAUUAACUGAAAUGAAAUCAUACUUAAAUUGGGCUCUUUGGCCAGUCAUCACCUAGCAGUGGAGUGUGGCCAUGGAUCUGCUGUUCAAAGCCAGAUGUGGGCCUUGGCUGAAACAGGUUAUGUGCUUGUGGGGCAUAAAACUGCCUUUAUAGCACCCUAGCCAGCAUAUUUACUCAGAUCUCACUUUCUUCUCAAAUAGGUACAUGCCAGACUGUGGUUUUAUGCCACUGCACUCAGCAGGUUUACUUAAAAGUAAUUUCUUCUAAGUCCAGUGGAACUUUGUCUCAAAUAAUUGUGCCAAGCGUUGUAAACUCCAGCUGCAAUCAUGCGCACAUUUUCCUAGAAGUAAGCUCCAUUGGACCCAGUGGGAUUUCUGGGCAAGCAUGCGUAGGUGGAAGGUCAGAGGGAAUUUGGGGUGAGUGGUGAGUGUCUUUGCAGCCCCUGAAAUCAAUUCAAGCUAAUGUCACUAAAGAUCAGAGAGGAGCUGAAAUACUUGGCAAUGGCUGCAUUAAACAGCCAUCAUGGGAAAACAAUAUUUUAUUUCAGUUUUUAAUGGAAUAAGAAGGAGUAUAAUUUGCCUUAAAGUAAUAGAUUGGUUCUGUAUCAUAUGAUCUUUCUUUCUUUCUUUCUUUCUUUCUUUCUUUCUUUCUUUCUUUCUUUCUUUCUUUC